ACAAAUCCAAUUACUGGAAAAUAUUCUCAUCUUUUUAUAAGCUUCCUUGGCCCAUGCACAUGUUUCUCUCUCACUCUACUCUCACUCUCUGGCUAAGCUAAGGUCUGGUAUUGGUGUCAUCGUGCUUGUGUUUCGGAAGGUACGGAUAUGGAGGAGGCUAGAGAACACGUCAAAGAUAUACGUAAAACCAAGUUUUCAAUCGGAGGGAAACCGAACCCAUUAACGGAGGAUCUUCACCAGGCCGUAAAGAACCUUUCUGCAGAACUUUACGCCAAGGAUGUCCACUUUCUCAUGGAACUCAUUCAGAAUGCGGAAGAUAAUGAUUACGCGGAAGGGGUGGAUCCGUCGCUUGAGUUCAUAAUUGUUUCUGAGGACAUUACAGCCACGGGAGCGCCUGCAACAUUGCUGAUUUUCAACAAUGAGAAGGGUUUCUCUCCUAAGAACAUAGACUCCAUUUGCAGUGUUGGUCGGUCCACCAAGAAAGGCUACAGAAAACGUGGUUAUAUCGGAGAGAAAGGAAUUGGAUUCAAGAGUGUCUUUUUGGUUACUUCCCGGCCGUACAUAUUCAGCAAUGGGUACCAGAUACGUUUCAACGAAGAGCCUUGCCCACAUUGUAAUCUUGGUUACAUAGUUCCUGAAUGGGUGGAGGAGAACCCAACUCUUUCCGAUAUACAACAAAUAUAUGGUUCUACAACUAUACCAACGACAACAAUUGUCAUACCUCUGAAGCCAGACAAGGUCAAAGCUGUGAAGCAGCAACUCUCAAGCAUUCAUCCUGAAGUUUUGUUGUUCCUUUCAAAAAUAAAGCGGCUUUCAGUCCGUGAACAUAAUGAGGAUCCUGGGCUAAAUACCGUAAGUGCAAUAGCCAUUACAAGUGAGACUGACCUUGUGACAAGGAAGAACAUGGAUGCUGAGUCCUACACACUCCAUCUCUCAGCUGAGGAAAAGGAUAAGGCAUCCGACAGAGAAUGCAGCUACUAUAUGUGGAAGCAAAAGUUUCCUGUCAGGCAAGAGAACAGAGUGGAAAGGAGAAUGGGAGUAGAAGAGUUGGUGAUCACGUUGGCUUUUCCUUUUGGAGCACGUCUCCACAGGGGGAUGACUUCACCUGGAAUCUAUGCAUUUCUUCCCACAGAGAUGGUUACUAACUUUCCGUUCAUAAUUCAGGCAGAUUUUCUUCUUGCAUCAUCAAGGGAAACAAUUCUCUUGGAUAGCAAGUGGAACCAAGGGAUUCUGGACUGUGUGCCCUCCGCCUUUUUCAAUGCUUUCGUCUCACUUGUUAGAACUUCAGUGAGUGCUCCUGUAUCUAGUUUGGUUCCCAUGUUCAGGUUCAUUCCCAUCGACCACUCUUCUUAUCAGGAGUUAAAUACUGUAAGGCAGUCAAUCAAAGCGAAGCUUGUUGAAGAAAAUAUUGUACCGAGUGAGUCUUACUCACAGCAGAAGUUCUUUCAUAAACCUUGCGAAGUAGGUAGGCUUAUGCCUGAUUUCUGGAGAAUCUUGGACCAGGCAAGGGAGCAAAAGGUGAACUUGCAUAAUCUCUCAUCCCAUGGAAAGUACAUUCUGAGUUCUUCAUUUGAUAAUGAAGAGUAUGAUGACAUAUUGAGUUUCUUGGGAGUGGAGCUAGUCAACAAUGAAUGGUAUGCAAAGUGCAUCCAGAGUAGUAAUCUUGUUGCAGGAGUGUCUGAGGACUUGUAUUUGGAGAUUUUACUAUUUUUUGCUAGUAAUUGGAGCUCCAAAUUUGAGUGCACCAAUAUCAAGAAUGUCCAACUUAUAAAAUAUGUGGGUGUGGAUGGGGAUGAGUCUUUGUGCAGCAUAUAUGAAUGCAUGAACUGUUAUACUGUGGUAUCUCUGUCACGUGACUGUCUUCACAUGUCAUGGCUGAGUGAUUCGAGCAGGGAAUUCAGAUGUGCUGGUAACCGAUUUUUCAUGCCAACAAGCACACAAUUAGCUCUGUUCUUCUCCUCUAAGAAGGUGGCGAUUUGGGAUUGGCUUCAGGUGCAAGUAAAGGUGGUUGUUGUGAAUGUCUAUGAAUAUGCAAUUCAUCUUAGGAAUUCCCUCAAUAAUAGUCGAAAGCUUGCUGUUGCAUUUGUUCACUUCUUAUACCACUCUUUGUUGAAAGGUUAUUUGUCGAGAGGGGAAAUUGAUUAUUUAUGUGGUGUUAUGCCACUCAUAGACAACUAUGGGAAUCUAACCACCAAGAGGCAAGGGGUUCUUGUCCCUGCUAACGGAAGCAAAUGGGUGGAAUUGAUUGUUUCGAAUCCAUGGAGAGGUGAAGACUAUAUUGAGUUGGGAGAAGAAUACUUGCGUCCGGGUUAUUUUGCAGGCGAGUUUACCUCAGGAGAGCAGCUCCUAGAGUUCCUUAAAACUCAUGUUGGAGCUUCUGAUAUCCCUUAUAUAUCUCCUCCCGAUGCUGAAAUUCCUGCGGUUUCUGGCCCACUUACCAUUCAAAAUGUAUUCUUGCUUUUGGAUUGGAUUCAAAACUUGAAACAUAGGGGAAUUAGCAUUCCAAACAGGUUCCUGAAAAGCAUAAAGGAUGGCAACUGGCUGAAAAUUACUACUAAUUGCUGCCCUGGCUACCGGCCACCAUCUGUGUCAUUCAUGCUUACCUCUUCACUGGGAACCAUUUUGCAAAAUGGAUCGGUGCUUGUUGAUAUCCCGUUGAUUGAUCAGAAUUUUUAUGGCGAUAGAAUAAAUGACUAUGAGGACGAACUAAAGACAAUUGGAGUCAUGUUUGGGUAUGGAGAAGCAUGUGGAUAUAUUGGGAACCAUCUUAUGUCUCUUGCAGAUUACUCCACUUUAACUAGAGACCAGGUGCUAUCUGUUCUGAAUUUCAUCAGAUUUUUGAGGGAAAACGUUCUUCCUUUGGAUAAAUUCAUCAAUAGGAUCAAAGAAAGAAGAUGGCUGAGGACAUCCUGCGGUGACAGGUCUCCAGUUGAAUCUGUUUUGUUUGAUCCUGAAUGGAGAAUUGCUUCUCAAAUCAGUGACAUCCCCUUCAUCGAUACAGAUUACUUUGGGAAGGAAAUACUUUCUUUCAAAGAGGAACUCAAGUCCCUGGGUGUGUUGAUUGGUUUUAGUAGAAAUUUCAAGCUCGUUGGAGACAACUUAAAAUCGCCUUCACGCUUGACUUCUUUGACAGCUGAGGCUGUUCUUUUAAUCCUGGAAUGUAUGCAUCAUUUAGGAUCAUCCACCAAACUCGUUGAGACACUAAGAGGUGUGAAAUGCUUCAAGACAAAUAUUGGUUAUAAGUCUCCAGGAGAAUGUUUCCUGUUUAACUCUCAAUGGGCUUGCAUGCUACAGGUUUUCAACGGAUUCCCACUGAUUGAUCAUGACUUUUAUGGAAGCAUCAUAUUCUUCUAUAUUGAUCAGUUGAGGCAAAUAGGAGUGAAGGUGGAUUUUGAGGAGGCAGUCAAAGUAUUUGCUCACAGUUUCAGGCAGCAAGCAUCUUCCAUGACAAAGGAAAAUGUUCUCUCUUUUCUGUCAUGUUAUAGACAGCUAAAGGGUACUCCACAUAAGUUUCCUCGAGAUCUCAAGAAAUUCCUCCGUGAGGAGAAGUGGUUGCGGACUAGACUUGGUGUAUACAGAAGUCCGAGAGAUUGCAUUCUAUAUGGGCCAAAUUGGAAAUCAAUUGCUUCAAUUACUCUCCUCCCUUUCAUAGAUGAUAGCGAGAACUAUUAUGGCAUGGACAUUCACGAAUACAAGGAGGAGCUGAAGAAAAUGGGGGUUGUUACUGAAUUCAAAGAUGGUGUGAAGUUAGUUGCUGCUACUCUUUGUUUUCCCCGGGAUCCCUCUCGCAUCACUCCUGCAAAUGUGCUUGCCUUGCUCGAAUGCAUCUCCAUUUUAUUGAACGAAAAAAAUUAUUCCUUCCCGGAUACUUUCAUGAAAAGAAUUUCUCAAAAAUGGUUGAAGACAUAUGAUGGUUAUAGGCCUCCAGAUGAGUGCUGCUUGUUUGAUUCCAGUUGGGGCUCUUACUUGAAGCAUACAGAUGGACCUUUUGUUGAUCAAGGUUUUUAUGGUUCUAAUAUUACAUCAUAUAAGAAAGAGCUCGAUGCAAUAGGCGUUACAGUCCAUGUAGAUAAGGGUUGCCCAUUGAUUGCCAGCCACCUUGAUUUCCAUCAUGAAUUUUCUACUAUCGUUCGAAUAUAUAACUACUUGAAUGCCUUUACUUGGGAGCCAGACAGUGAAGCUGUCAAAGGGAUUUGGAUCCCAAAUGGAAGUGAGAACGGAAAGUGGGUGAGUCCUCAAGAAUGUGUUUUGCAUGACAAGGAUGAUCUCUUCAGUUCGCGGCUGCAUGUUUUGGAUAAAUACUACGAUGGUAAGUUACUUAUAUUGUUCUCCAGGGCUUUCCAUGUUAAUCGCAAUCCUUCAGUUGAUGAUUACUGCAAGCUUUGGAAGGUUUGGGAAAGUUCAGGACAUCGAAUAUCACAAGCUGACUGUUGCAAGUUCUGGGUGUAUGUUUCCAAGCACUGGGAUGAAUACAACCCGAAAGCUCUCUCUGAAAGGUUGAUGAAAUUACCUGUUGGUACAGACUCAGACGGAAUAUUGCUGUCCGACAAGCGUGAUGUUUUCAUUGCCGAUGAUCUUCAGCUGAAGGAUCUUUUUGAACGGUUUUAUCCUCAACCAAUAUUUGUUUGGUACCCUCAGCGAAUCUUGCCUUCGUUACCCCGGACAAAGUUACUUGAAAUUUACAGGAAGAUCGGGGUUCGCACUAUAUCUGAAUCAGUGCAGAGGGAAGAAGCAUCCUUGGUGGAUGUUGGUCAACCCAUUCAGGGGGAGGCUUUGAUUAAGAAAGGUCUGGUUAGGCUCAUCUUUUGUUUUCUGGCGGAUCCUGUUUUGAAUAUGGAAGUGGGAAGCCGGCAUGAAGCUAUCCAAGGGCUUCUGAAUGCGACUUUCCUGGAGACAGUAGAACCUAUCACUGUAAACUACAGUUUAUCGUUUUCUUCUGGGAAAAUUGCGCAAGUGAGGGAAAGCCGAAUGAUACGUUGGGAUAGAGCGGCUUCAAAGUUUUUCGCACAGAAGUUGGACAGGUCCACUGGAAAAAAGAACAUCCUUAAGUAUGCUACAUAUUUCGCUGAAUCAAUAUCCGAGGGUUUGAUAUGGAAUAACACCGAUCGAAUUGGUGCCCUCUCAGAGCUUAUCAAGUUGGGAUUUGUGCUGGAAUUUGAGGAGGAAUCAGUCGAGUUUUUAAUGAGGACCAGGAACUUGCAGAUUUUCGUGGAGGACGAGGAAUUCCUUUCUUCUGCCUUUCCUUCUGACUAGGCAAUCUGCCAUGAAUACGUAUUGUCUACAGGAACUCAAUCUGGUACCUCGUGAGCUUCCAAUUACGAUUUACAAAAGACUUUCGGGUGGGCACAUAGGAGUGCUGGAGAACUAAGAACCUUGGAUGUUCUUCCUCUGACUCGGGGAAGUGGAUGGACGAAUAGCCCUAUGUAAUUUAUGUACUUGGAUAAGCACAUAUCAUAUGCCUUUACCAUGUAUAUUCCUCCGUCACUUUUACUAUGACUACUAUAAGUAAAAGCUUAGUUACUAUCUAUUGAAGGAUGAAUAAAAUGAGUUUUUAUAGAUUC